AUUAUGAUGUGUCCGUUUUCGUGUUUCAGUUGUUCUCUAUCCUAGAAAGUUUAAUUUUCCUAAUUAAAGCGAACAUGUAUUGUUAAAUUUAGGGAAUCAUUUGUAUAAAUAGAUAAUACGCAUUCAGCCAUGGAAGCGUUAUACUUCCAAACAAACAGCCUGAUCCAGAUGACGCAACAAUGCUUCGAACAGCUGAGCAACACCCGGGUUGAUACGGGCGCCGUGGAGGCGGACAUCCAAACCAAACUGGCCGCUAUUAAUGCUAAUUGUGACCGUCUCGAUGUGCUGGUGUACAAAGUUCCGGCCACCCAACGACAGAAUGCAAAAAUGCGGGUGGACCAACUUAAAUAUGACGUGCGACACCUGAACGCGGCCUUACAAAACUUCCAGCGCAAACAAACCCGUAGGGCCCAAGAGCAAGCCGAGCGGGAAACACUUCUCAACAAACGGUUUACCGCCAAUCCGGAAACCUCGAUCGAUAUCGACUAUUCGCUGCAGCACCACAACUCAAUGCAUAACGCACACCGGGGCGUGGAUGAAAUGAUCAUGACCGGAUCGAAUGUGCUCGAUGGGUUGCGAAGCCAGCGGGAAACGCUCAAAGGGGCCCGCAAGCGAAUUAUGGAUGUUGGGAGUACGCUUGGACUUUCGAAUCAGACAAUGAAGAUGAUCGAGAGACGAUUAGUCGAAGACAAGUACGUUAUGAUUGGAGGAAUGGUUCUGACGCUACUGAUAAUUGUUCUGGUGAUCUUCUUUUUUGUAUAUUAAGUAUCCGGCUCUUUUUAACAAGUAAAUUUAUAUUGUUGCUAUCAAACUAUGGCUUUCGAACUAUUCUA